AAUGCAAAAUCUGGCAACUGUUUUCUGGCGUUUGCUGUACUUGGAAAAAUGUAGUGCUAGCAUGUUCCAUUUGUUUUGUCCACGUAGUAUGAGGGUUACAGAAGUUGUUGCUGUCAGUGUCAGUAAAUACAGGAAUGUCACUGUAUACAGUAGAUUAACAUUUUUAACAUUUUAGAUUGCAUUUGCUGUUGCUUGACACACGCGGUUUAGAAUUGACCAUAGACCGUAAACAAAGUGAAAGUAAGUUUGAUCUAAACUAAGCUAAAGUAAUUUCCGGAUAGCAUAGGCUAACGUAACAUGUUAAUUCAGCGCUCUGGUGCACGAUGUCAGUUUGUUGAUAACCCUCUUUAUUUUCUCGUAUCAUAACGUUAUCAUAACUUAUUCGGACUUGCGUCAGUGCUCUUGUCAACACGAAGUUGCCUGAAAAAAGUCUGCUGAAGCAAAAGUACGCUAACCUGGCAGUGCAGCGUCUUAUUGAAAUGGAUGUGCAGACAUAUUUAAAACGCAUUGGUUACUCUGGGCCAGUUGUGCCAAGGUUAGGAACUUUGCAGGAGAUACACCGCUGCCAUAUGUUAGCGGUGCCUUUUGAGAGCCUCACCAUUCAUAGUGGUGGAAAAAUUAAAUUGGAACUUUCCUGGAUCUAUGAAAAAAUAGUCGUGCAGCGUCGAGGAGGUUUUUGUUUCGAAAACAACGGACUUCUUUCCUGGCUUUUGGCUCAGUUGGGAUUCCAAGUAACCAUACUCGCAGCCCAUGUGAGAAACCGAUUCACAUGUUUGUACGGUCCCCCUUUUGAUCACAUUGUCAUAAUGGUGACCCUCGAGGGACACAGGUGGCUAUGUGAUGUGGGCUUCGGGGCUUGCUAUGAGCUACCCCUCUCUCUUGAAACACUCAGUCCUCAAAAGCAGGUUCAUGGAGUCUUUCGGCUGAGACAUCAAGGAGAUAUGAUCUUUCUGGAGAGCAGUGCAGAAGCACAAGGUGAUGGUGUGCAAGGUGAAGUAAAAGAUACAACUCUGGGAGGUGAGAUAAGUUGGACAGAGCUCUACAAGUUCACCCUCCAGCCUCGACAGUUGGAGGAGUUCAGAAAUAUGUGUGAAUAUCACCAGACCUCCCCCAGCUCUCUCUUCUACUGCAAGUCUCUCUGCUCUCUCCUUUUACCCCAUGGCAGGAUCACAUACAUGGGUCAUAAACUAAUAGUCACCACUUACCCGACAGAAGACGGACGCCCUGUGGUAAAAACCACACAAGAUCUAACUGAUGAUGAGAUACCACACAUGUUAAAAGACAAGUUUGACAUUGAGCUUUCUUCUCCACUCAUUCCAAAGGAUGCAGACAUUGUGCCUCCCUCAGUCAAGUACUAACACAGUGACUGUUCUGAGAACCAAAUAUACAUUUAUAAACUGUAUCACAACAUGCCCAUAUGAUAUACAGGGAUGUAGUGGUAAAAUAAGAAGUGGGUAAACUAUGAAUUCUGUGAUCACGGUAAAGUGGGCUGCACUAUGUUAUGCGGUAUCGGAUCUUUAGAAAAGGCAUUCAGAACAUGUCUGAUGAUGGUGGAGGUUACUGUCCAAUGUUUAUAAUAAUACAAGUGGUAUUAAAUGGUUCCUAGAGUGUUGA